UCUUCUUUUUACUACUCUUUAUUGUUUUUCGUUCACUUUCACUCUUUCAGGUCUCGCAAGAUCGACAGAGUUUUGCUGGUUUUCUAAUUUCACACACGCCGCCGGUCGCCGGAUUUUCCUCUCUCCCAACUUCAUAGAGUCAUCAGUUUGAGGGAGCUGCUCUCUGUGUCGUUGAAAGCGAAGACACGGAACGGAACCGCCGGAAGUUACUUUUCCAUCGGGCCUCUCUUCGGCCGUCGAGAUUUCCGAAAUGGAAGAUUUCAAGAAAGCAAUCCUUCAGCCUGGGCCGCCUGAGAAUUUCGCUCUUCAAACUGUACAAGAGUUCAUCAAACCUCAGAGGCAAACAAAAUUAGUGCAAGAUGAGAAUCAAUUGUUGGAGAACAUGCUCCGGACGUUACUUCAAGAGCUUGUGUCUUCUGCAGCACAGUCAGGGGAGCCGAUAAUGCAGUAUGGACAAUCAAUUGAUGAUGAAGAAAGUUCUCAGGGCCUAAUCCCUCAUCUCUUAGAUGUUGUGCUUUAUCUCUGUCAGAGAGAACAUAUUGAAGGUGGAAUGAUAUUUCAGCUGCUGGAAGACUUGACGGAAAUGUCCACAAUGAGGAAUUGCAAAGACGUAUUUGGCUACAUAGAGGGUAAACAGGACAUACUUGGGAAGCAAGAACUUUUUGCUCGUGGAAAACUUGUCAUGCUGAGGACUUGUAAUCAACUUCUCCGCCGACUCUCAAAGGCAAAUGAUGUUGUUUUCUGUGGACGGAUUCUCAUGUUUCUGGCACACUUUUUCCCAUUAUCAGAGCGUUCAGCGGUCAACAUCAAAGGAGUUUUCAACACAUCAAAUGAGACGAAGUAUGAAAAGGACCCACCAGAAGGCAUUUCCAUUGACUUCAACUACUACAAAACAUUGUGGAGUUUACAGGAAUUCUUCUGCAACCCUGCCUCCUUAACUGUUGCCCCAGCCAAGUGGCAGAAGUAUACGUCUAGUCUGACGGUUGUGUUGGAUACCUUUGAAGCACAACCAUUGAGUGAGGAAGAAGGAGAUGCAAAUAAUUUGGAGGAAGAGGCAGCAUCUUUCAAUAUAAAAUAUCUUACUAGCAGUAAUUUGAUGGGACUUGAGUUAAAAGAUCCAAGCUUCCGACGCCAUGUUCUUGUACAAUGCCUUAUAGUCUUUGAUUAUCUUAAGGCUCCUGGUAAACUUGACAAGGAUGUCACUUCUGAAACUAUGAAAGAAGAGAUAAAAUCCAUUGAGGAGCGUGUGAAGAAAUUACUCGAGAUGACUCCUCCUAAAGGAAAAGAUUUUCUUCGCAAGAUUGAGCAUAUACUAGAACGUGAAAAAAACUGGGUUUGGUGGAAGCGUGACGGAUGCCCUCCAUUUGAAAAACAACCAGCAGAGAAGAAAUCAGCCCAGGAAGGGAAUAAGAAACGUAGACCUAGGUGGAGAUUGGGAAACAAAGAACUAUCCCAGUUGUGGAAAUGGGCAGACCAGAAUCCUAAUGCUUUGACUGACCCUCAGCGUGUACGGACUCCUUCAAUCACGGAAUAUUGGAAGCCCUUGGCUGAAGAUAUGGACCCGGCAGCAGGAAUUGAAGCAGAAUAUCACCACAAGAACAACCGAGUAUAUUGCUGGAAAGGUCUGCGGUUUUCAGCAAGGCAAGACCUUGAGGGUUUUUCCAAAUUCACUGACCUUGGUGUUGAAGGAGUAGUUCCUCUAGAAAUUCUGGCACCUGAGGUCCGGUCCAAGUACCAGGCUAAACCGAGUGACAGAUCUAAGCGUGCCAAGAAGGAAGAAGUCAAGGGCGGGUCACAACCAUCAGAAGAAGCUCAGGUUGCAAGCGAGAACGACGGUGAAGGCGCUAGGCCAGUUGAAGCCUUGGCCGCACCAAUGGAGACUGAUGCAGCUGCAGGAACUGUGAACACUUCCCAAGAUGGUGGUACUCCUCCAACAGCGGAGGAGGAACAAAAGCUUAACUCAGAUACUGAUGUGGGUCAAGAAGCAGGGCAACUGGAAACCGAUGGACCGCUUGAACCGGACCGUGAAGCGGUAGAAACUGUGAUGGCUGACGGGGAGACUGACGCAGAGGCUGAUAUAUAAGCUGUGAGCUGAAUAGUCUCUUAAUCAAAGAGCCCGGACUUGAAUGUGGCAGCAAAAACAGUGAUGGUGCCCACUUAGGUCUCGUUUCUGAGGCGCUUGAUAAGUUGCCAUUGUUUUUACCGAACUGUGAUGAGAUAGUAUGAAGCAAACAUUUUGUUAUGUCAUUUGAUGGCAGCUCCUAAUACGUUCUAACAUAACGAACAAAACCUUAGUGUUCCAUUUUGUAGGUGAUAUAGUAAAAAUAAGUGUAUUGUUUCAAUUGUAGAGAAUUGUAACGAUCAAGUCUUUGUAUGUUUCAAUUGUAGAGAAUUGUAACGGUGAAAUCUUUGUAUUGUAUCUGUUUGAUUAAUGGUGUGAUUGUAUCGAUUAUAGAAAUUAAGAGGGAGGAAGAACUCAACUUCGGGGCUGAUUGUUUGAGAAUUGCAAUAACGCAUAUGUUUGUUGCCAUUAAGAACUAUAAUUUCGAAACUUUUUUUGACGCCUAAAGAAAGAAUAUGUUUAAUACAUGUGCUGUGGAUGAACUGGUUUUACGUGAUGUUGCCAUUUUGGAUAAUUAGGUUGUGAGUAACAAUGAAGUGAAAGGACAAAUUAUAUUAUGAAUAAUGAAACGAAAUACAGGGA